CUGGCUUUGCGAUUGAAAUCAUCGUGAUCUUGUGUGACGGACUGAAGGGAUGCAGCAAAACAACUUUGGGAGUACCAACCGGUAUGGAUCUGGCGCACAGCAGCAACAGCAGGGUGGAGGCAACUUCCACUCCUAUAGAGGCAUGAAUCAAGAGGCUCCUUCUCAAGGAGGCCAGUUCAAUGUCGGUCAACAAGGCCCACCACAAGGCAUUGUGUGGACACCGCCAUCCCCACAGGAGAAGCAUUACUACGACAUGCUAUUUCAAAUUGCCGACGACGAAAGGACAGGUGCGAUUGGCGGUCGUAGUGCUGUGAUGUUCUUCACCAAAUCGGGCUUGGACAAGUCCAUUCUGCGGGAGGUGUGGACCAUUGCAGACUCACGUCAAACAAGUUUCCUCCUCCUCAAAGACUUUUACGUGGCCAUGCGGCUGAUUGCUUUGGCGCAACAAGGUCAUCCCGUGAAUUUGCCACACUUCUACGAACUGGCGUCGUCGCCCUUCGCGUUGGCGCGGCUGGAAGGGGUCCCGCCUCCUCAGCAGCAACAACAACAGCCACCCGCCUCGACAUAUGCCAUCACGAGCGACGAGAAGACAAAAUACCAGGGCAUCUUUGCGCAGUAUGACACGGACCACGACGGGUUCCUCCUCGGCCAAGAUGCCGCCGCGCUGUUUCAAAUGUCGGGCAUGGACCGAAAUGACCUCCGGACGGUGUGGACGCUGGCGGACCGGUCGUCUGACGGCCGCCUGGACUUGACCGAGUUUUACAUCGCCAUGCACUUGAUUGUGUGUGUGACCAAGCGAGGGCUGCCGUUGCCACAGACGCUGCCGCUGGAACUGGAGCAGUCGCUUCGGUCCACAGGAUCGUUUUCCCAGCCUGCGUCCGGCCACUUGCAGCCAACUCAACCGCCCCAACCCCCGGCCCCCGUUCAAGGCAUGUCGGCCUUUGAUGAUCUGGACGGCGGGUCUCCUGCGGCAGCUGAGUCGUCGUCGAUUGGAUUUGGAAAUAGUCCAGAUAUAUCCGGUGGGAACUUUCCAAGCGGCUCUCGCACGUCGUCUGCCGCGGGUCUUGGCACGAAUGCCGCCGGUUUUGGCAAUUCUCCGAAUGCUGGCUUUGGUCAGUUUGGCUCCCCUUCUGCGGCGCCUCCCGAUCUUGGGCAGCAAAGGCAAGCGAGUUUUGCCGCGCAGCCGCCACUUGGGGCUUCAUCGGGUACGACGGGGCCAACUUCUGGUUUUUGCAAUAGCCAAACCAGUUUUGGGUCGCCCGCCCAACCACCGAUGGAUGGCUUUGGCAAUCAAGCGCCGAACAGCUUUGCUGGUCCUCCUACUUCUGGUUUUGGCAGCUCGCAACGCCAGGGUAGUGUUGGUCCUCAAGCUCCAAGCAGCUUUGGAGGCUUUGGCGCAUCUUCACCCGCCCAGGACCUUAACGCCCCAUUUGCAACUCCCGCUGCUUCUGAUUUUGGCAGCAGGUCUCGUCAAGCUAGCUUUGGAGCUCAACCGUCAGUCUCUGCAUCUUCGGCCGUCGACGGUUUUGGGAAACACGAAGCUACUCGCACCAACAGCUUUGGCCUGCCCACAACUCCCCAAAGUGCCCCUUCGCUGUUGACCUCCGGGUUCGGUAGCCAAAGUGGAUUGAAUGCAUUUGGGUCGCCGAUAUCGGCCCCGCCAGCUACAGUGCCAUCCCCAGCGACUUCUGGUUUUGGCAAUACUCCAAGCAGUCCAGGGAACUUUGGAGACUUUGGGCUGUCCGCGCCUGUGGCUCCAGAAGCCUCUGGUCUUGGCAGUAAUCCGAGCCAACCAAGCGGGGGAUUCGGAGGGUUCGACUCGCCCGUACGAGCACCGUUGUCUACAUCUGACCCCGUGACCUCUGGUUUUGGCAGCAACAAGCAGGUCCAAUCCAGCGGUUUCGGGGAGUUUGGUUUGUCUCCAUCAACUCCAGCAGUGAAAGCUCCCUCCCCUUCUGCAUUGAACACUCUACCGACCAGUAAUGCCGACUUGGCAUCUCCUGCUCAAUUUGGCAGUAAUAAAGCCGCGUCAAGUACUCUGCCCCCUUCCGGUUUUGGCAGUUUUCCUGAACCUCCAUCGUCGGUUUCUUCAGGAUUUGGCGACUUUCCCUCGCCGACAAACACGUCUGCGUUUGGAGACUUCUGCGGCGCCACCUCGUCUGCUCCUGAGGGCUUUGGCAGCCCCAAUCCUCCCGCAACGACCGACUUUGGUGACUUUGGUGCUUCGGCAACUGGGCUGUCGACCUCUGGUUUUGGCAGUAACAAGUCCCCUCCAUCCGACUUUGGGGUCUUUAGCCUACCGCCGCCACCCUCAGCGUCAACUAUCCCAACUUCCACCACAUUUGGUAGUUCCAAGUCAAAUCCAAUCGUUGUCGAAGCUCCUUCUGGUUUUGGCAGCAACAAGUCGACGGGUUUUGGCGAGUUUGAUGUGGCCCCAGUCGUCGUAGCCAGUCAACCUUCCUCCGGUUUUGGCAACAACUCGGUGUCGUCUGGGUUUGCCGAUUUCCCAUCGCCCACCAACUCGUCAGGGUUUGGCGACUUUUCGUCCUCCUCCGCUCCUCCCGCCCCAUCGCUUGACGUUGGAUCGAAGCAACCUUCGACAUUUGGAAGCACCAAACCUGCCGAAUUCACCGACUUUACCGUCGCCUCUUCAGCCACCACUCCCACAACCACCACGCCAGUCGAUUCCUCGCAACCCCCCCCGCAAUCGUCUUCGUUUGGUACGUUAGGUCGCCGCGACUCUGGGGCGAUCCCCCUCACCCUCGGUACAUCGGCGUACGCGCCUGCAUCGACGUCUGGCUUUGAUGGCUUUCCAUCGCCCAUUUCCACGACCACGUUUGAAGGGUUUGGGUUGACGCCAUCGACCUCUGUCGGUGACCCGCCGUCGGCUUUAUCGGCUGGAUUUGAAGCGUUUUCGUCCUCGGGACCCGUGUCCUCGCUUGAAGGGGGGGCCUCGGAUAACCAUGGCGAGGCGACCGCGCGAGACCUAGACGCCGCCAACGCCAGCCUCCUCCGCUCCUUGACCGAGCUCGCCGUGUCACAGAAACACGUGGUUCAAGUGACCCACAUCCAGCACCUGGCUACCAACCUCCUACGGCUCACGGCCCAGCGCGACCAGCACCGCGCCGCCCAAUCGACCGACCCGACCGUGUCCCUGGCCAUUCAACGCCUGAUUGACGACGAGCGCGCGUUCAUCAGCACCACGUCGGCCGUGCUCCAAGAGCUCGAGCAAAAGAAACCUCCGUCGUCGUCGCUGUCGAGACAACCGUCGGCUUCGUCGGCCACGACCAGUGCCUUCGACGCGUUUGAAUUUUAAUACUCCUGUGAAUUGCCAAUAUAACACCUGAAUAAUCCUUGGUCAUUAUCGUCGUUAGUGUCGGGGGCGUUGUUGUUCUGGGAUGCAAACCCAUGAUGCGAAGGGAGAUGCAUGCGCAACGAGCUGUGGAGGAUGGCGGCGGUCCUGUCCAUC